GUAUUCGGUAAAGUGUUGGAGCGCAAAAUAUAAACCGACUCCAGCCGCCAACAUCACCCUCCAAAAUAAACCCCAAAAUACUUCUUUCUCAAGAACCCUAAUUCUGCAACUCUACGCAAACCAAAUCAAAUUGGGGCAAACCAUAAAUUCAAACUGCUCAUCCAAAAGUUAAACACAACUUCAGCUUAGAGGAAAUAGAAACAUCGUAGAAGAAGGAAAAGAGAUGUCGUACGACGACGUAGAAAUCGAAGACAUGGAAUGGAACGAUGAACUCCAGUCGUACACAUACCCAUGUCCAUGCGGCGACCUUUUCCAGAUCACAAAGGAUGAUCUCCGCCUUGGCGAAGAAAUUGCUCGUUGUCCAAGUUGCUCUCUUUACAUCACUGUCGUUUAUAAUCUCGAAGAUUUUGCUGCUAAUAAGACUAAUUCCAAUUUUCAGCCUCCUAAACAGCAGCCAAUCAGCGUUGCUUGAAGAAUCUAAUCCAUAAUUAGUAAUUUCCUACUUUUAAAUUUAUUCUAUUGAGUAAUAGUUUUGAUUAAUUUAUUCGGAAAUUUUGUUGUUAUUGAGCUUUAUUUGGUUUGGGGGGGGGGGGGGGGGGGGGAUUUGGUUGGGGGGGAUGUAUUUUUGAUGAAUUGGGUUAUCGAAAAUUGUUCACUGUUUUGUUAUCACGACUGAGUUUUUGAUAAAGGUUGCUGCUUUACUGGAAGAUUGUGCUUAAUCUUUUAUACAAGUAUGUGGAAUUUUUUGUUUCUCUUUUGUUUUGUUUUGGUUAUUGUUAUUGUAUAUGUUAAUAUUUUUAAAGCAUCAUGGCUCGAUUUUGAUUACAUUGUUUCUGAGGGAAGAGAGGGGAAAUAAGGGGAAGAAGAAAUAAUAGUGUGGCUGAGUGUAGUAGUUCAAUGACAGUGUGUCUAAUUGUCUAUUGUCAAUGGAGAAUCGAGGUUAUUGACUUCCCAAUUCGCAUAGUUUGUAUGAUGUGUGGCUGUGUGCCAGUUUGGAUAAGUUUGGAUUCCAAAUGCAUCAAUUCUUGGACUAAUUGCUAGUGGUGCUUAAUGCAUGAAGUGUGAUGGAAUGGGAAUUGAACAAGAAUUGAAUACUUGAUUGGAUUAGUUUGGCUUCUUGUGUAGUAUGUUAUGAGGGUAGGUUUGCGCUAAUAGUUGACAGUAAUGUUAGUUGAUUUGAUGAACUGGAGUCUUGAAGAGAAUUGUCUUUGCAUUGGAGUUGAUUCUUUCAGGAGAUUACAUUGGAGUUGGCUCUUUCUCUCUCGGAAUGAUUGUUGAAUGUAAAUUAUUGUCUCAGACACUUUCUUAAGAAAGUCACAAAAAACUAAAAGCUCUGUACUACUGUGAUAAUUAAUCUAGGAUGACUAGAAAGUUUUCAAAGAAUACCGUUACCACCAGUUUGCUAUGUCCUUCAUUAUUCUUCCAUAUCCAUGAUGGAGAUAAUUCUUAUUCUUCAUUACAAUUUGAUAAAAUGGGUUGACCUUUUUCAAGCCCUUAUGUAUCAGUUCUUUUAUCAAAUUGAGGAUAACCAAUGCCUCACACUGAGGCAAAGCUGCCACGAACGCAUCAGCUAUAAACUGUUCCUCCUGCUACUGAUAUUGUAUUCCCAUUUCCCAACGCCGCUGGAAUAAGAAUAUAGCUUUGCUUCCAUGAUGCAUCAGUUGCUGCUGCAAGGAGUGGAUGGAUUGAAGUCUUUCGAUCUGCUCAAAACAGACUAGUAAAACCCUCCUCGUGUUUCUUUACAGUAUUCCAACUUUCUCACUGCCAGUAGCCUUGACUAUAAAUGGCUUUCCUGUGGACAAAUUUCCUUCUGGUGGAGCCAACAAGCCUACAGUCCCGCCAUCAGCUAGCUUCCUCUCCAUUGGUUCUCCUGUUUUGGAAAAUAUAGUUCAAGGGUAUCAACUACAUUUACUGCAGGGGAGUGAUUGUAUUGGAAACUGGAAAAAAAAAGAAAAAAAAAACCUGAAUUCAUCCCUGUAUCUCAACCUCCAUAAAAGCUCGCGUUUCCUGAAUGUUAUCCUCUUUUUUCCCAAUCUGACAGAAGGGGCAAUACAACUGAGCUUGUAUCAUCUUUUUCUAAGGUUGCAAUAACAUUGUUGAUCAGUCUCCAAACAAACACAUCGUAAAGAUUGGGAGAAAGGGACAUUUGAAAGAAGGGCAUGGCCGAAUUUUACAGAGUAUUCUCCUGACAUAAUAUGUUUCUAACUCUAGAUUCUUCCAUUUUCAUUCCAUGUUUCUGUAUUUGCAUUCUUUUAGUGUACAAAAUACUUUCAAGCAGCUUUUUGGCAACAUAGUGAAAUUAAAACACAGUUUCUUCACACAA